CUCUUUCACUGUGUGAUUUCUGAGUUCUGAAUUCGAAGUUGUUUCAUCCGCAUUAUUCUUUCGACAUCUGUGGCGAUGGAGGAGGAUUUCGAGUUCCCAACUGAGGGUAACAUGGAGGAGGAAGAGGAUGAGAUAGAGAGCCCGAUUCUCAAGGUUGGGGAGGAGAAGGAGAUUGGGAAGAAUGGACUCAAAAAGAAGCUGGUCAAGGAGGGUGAAGGAUGGGAAACACCUAACACUGGAGACGAAGUUGAAGUGCAUUAUACUGGAACCUUGCUCGAUGGAACUCAAUUUGAUUCUAGCCGUGACAGGAACACACCUUUCAAGUUCAAGCUUGGCCAAGGGCAAGUGAUUAAGGGAUGGGAUGAAGGCAUCAAAACCAUGAAGAAGGGUGAAAAUGCCAUUUUCACAAUACCCCCAGAGUUGGCUUAUGGAGAGUCUGGGUCUCCUCCCACCAUUCCCCCAAAUGCAACUCUACAGUUUGAUGUGGAGUUGCUGUCUUGGACAAGUGUAAAGGACAUAUGCAAGGAUGGAGGAAUACUUAAGACGAUAAUUACUGAAGGGGAAAAAUGGGAGAAUCCUAAGGACCUCGAUGAAGUGUUUGUUAAGUAUGUAGCUCGGCUUGAAGACGGGAAAGUCAUUUCAAAAUCUGAUGGGGUGGAGUUCACUGUGGAAGAGGGGUAUUUCUGUCCUGCUUUGGCCAAGGCAGUGAAAACAAUGAAGAAGGGAGAGAAAGUUCUCUUGACCGUGAAGCCACAAUAUGCAUUUGGUGUCAGUGGAAGGCCAGCAUCAGGAGGUGAAGGUGCUGUUCCUCCAAAUGCUUCGCUCCAAAUAGAUCUUGAAUUAGUCUCGUGGAAGACCGUGUCUGAUAUUACCAAGGAUAGGAAGGUUCUCAAGAAGACUUUGAAGGAAGGAGAGGGAUAUGAACGACCAAAUGAUGGAGCUGUGGUUCAAGUGAAACUUAUUGGCAAGCUGCAAGAUGGGACUGUCUUCCUCAAGAAGGGUUACGAUGAUGAACAGCCAUUUGAGUUCAAAAUUGAUGAAGUUGUAUGUGGGCUGCACCAUGUCGAGCAAGUAAUAGAUGGACUCGAUAGAGCUGUGAAGAACAUGAAGAAAGGGGAAAUUGCAUUGGUGAUCAUACAUCCUGAAUAUGCUUUCGGACCAAAUGGGUCCACACAGGAAUUGGCUACUAUUCCUCCCAAUACCACUGUGUACUAUGAAGUUGAGCUGCUUUCCUUUGUAAAGGAAAAGGAAUCGUGGGACCUUAAUACGCAAGAGAAGAUUGAGGCAGCUGGGAAGAAAAAGGAAGAAGGAAAUGCAUUGUUCAAGGCUGGUAAAUAUGAAAGAGCAUCAAAUAGAUAUGAAAAGGCCAUAAGAUUUAUCGAGUAUGAUUCCUCCUUAAGUGAUGAGGAGAAACAACAGACCAAAGCAUUGAAAAUAACAUGCAAUCUCAAUAAUGCAGCCUGUAAGUUAAAACUCAAGGACUACAAACAGGCUGAGAAGUUGUGCACAAAGGUGUUGGAGCUUGAUAGUAGGAAUGUAAAAGCACUAUACCGGAGAGCGCAGGCAUAUAUUCAUCUUGUGGACUUGGAUCUAGCUGAGAUGGAUAUUAAGAAAGCCCUUGAGAUUGAACCAGAUAAUAGGGAUGUGAAGAUCGAGUAUAAAAUUUUGAAGGAAAAAGUGCGAGAAUACAACAAGAAGGACGCACAGUUUUACGGCAGCAUAUUUGCAAAAAUGAACAAACUAGAACAAACAAGAACUCCAGCAGCAGAAAAGGAGCCUGUGCCAAUGGCUAUUGACAGUAAAGCUUAAAUGUGAGGAGUUACAUCUGCUGUCCGUGUCUCUGCAUACUCGUAUGGUCUAUUGCUGUGUGGUUCCCGUUUAGUCUUGGUCUCAUAAGUAGGGCUUUGUUUCUUCAUACGACGAUGCUUAUGGUCUCAGUUGUCAGUUGUAUCACAAACUAUGUACACUGAUAGCUAUUAAGGACUGAAGUGAAAUGUUUUGGUUAUUUUUAAUGUUUAAUUUUACCCUGGAAUCUGGAUCACCUGAGGGAGCAAUUAUGGGUUUUCUUAGCCAUAAGGAGUUUCAAAGGGGUCCCACUCUGUUAUUGCUAAGUUCAGAAUUAUUCGGGUAAUUGCAACGGAAUGAACUAAUGUGGAAACAGGAAACACUACGCCCUCUUGGAUAACAUUGUCGAGAUAUUUGUAGGUAUCA